UGCGCACCUCUGCUCGCACCAGCAUCUCUAGCUAACGGCUUUGAAAUACAACUGACAACAAAGCACUCUGCAACAGCAGACAGGAGCGUUACGGAAUUAGACAUGCCACCAGUGAUCACCCUGGCACGAGCGGCGGGUGCGCGUUUACACCGGACGCGCGAGGUGCCGAAAAUUGAUGGGUCCGAAGGGGGCUUCAUCGGCCUCGUCGUCGGCCUCUGCGUCAUCAUCGUCAUCUGCUGCGCCGCCGUCUUCUACCUUCUCACCUACCACCAGCCCUCGCCCGCCGACCGCGCCCGCCGACGACAGCAACGCUCGUUCCACCACCGCCGCCAGAGUAGUUCCGGCAGUAUGCAUUCGUUCAAGGAGAAACUCACGGGGCUCUUCACCCGUAGCGGGCAGUCGCCCGCCCCGGCCUUUGGCCUCGCAAAGCGCGGACAGGGAUGGGUCCAGGCGGGGUCCGGCGAUGAGUGGGAGUCGGACUCGGGGGACGAGAGACAGCCGUCGCGCCGGACGAUGAACGACAUGGAGAGGGGCAGCACGCGUAGAGAUUCGCCCCCGCCAAACCACACUUCCGCCUCCGCAUCACACCACCCACCACCAAUAGCAUCGUCGGAAUCAUCAUCCGCGACCACCGUCGAGCUCGCAGCGCCGACGCCCGUGCGUCCGUUCGCGCAGGUGCACGUGGACCCAUUCGCGUCGCGGGGACGCUCCCCGUCGCCGCAGAGCACCGACAGCUUCCAGUCGACGACGUCAAGUCCGACGAGUCCCGUGCGGACGUUCGAGGGCGGCACGAAGUUCAAGGAGCAUCUAUAGCUGGUUCGUUCCAGGCCGGCCUAUGAAUGCAGGGACAGGGAGGGCAAAGUCGAGACGAUGUGCCGCGGUGCAUCAAGCUAUUUCGGUCGCGUGCCAAUUUAACACCAGACCACCCUCGUUGAUCGCGAUGUUGUGCUUUUAUUUCAGUUUCGUCUCCGAUUCAGAUGUGGACGGUGCUGCGUUUCUUCAUCAUCUGUCUAUGUGUAUGGGUGCUUCAGUAUGGGCUUGCAUGGUUCAGUGUCGAUGCUGUUUGCGGAUUCUCUUUCCUAUUUAUCGCCCCGUAUCCCUACAUAGGUACACCAGUCACGACGCUAAUGACCUCCCGCUGUACUAUCUCCCCCUUCUGCUUAGUCCCUCUCGUUUAUUGUACAAACCCUGGCAACAAUGAAAAGGGGAUGUGGCUGGAGGCCGUCCGAAGUAUCUGAACGACGGCGAUUGGCU